AUGGCAAACUCCGACGAAGCCAGGCGGGUUAGGAUCAAAGAGAUGCUUAUAGCAAACGUCAGACACGGCGCAAGGAUCCCAACAGUAGACGACCGUCAAUCUUGGCCACCGAACCCCCCUCAUCCGCUACACGACACGAAGUCUGCGGCCCUGCCCCAGAGAGUCGACUACGCAAUCAUCGGCUCUGGCAUUGCAGGUUGCAGUGUGGCCUGGAAUAUACUCACUCAAAGCGAGCUCAAACAUACCAUUGCCGUUUUCGAAGCUCGCGGGCUGGCUAGUGGCGCCACUGGCCGCAGCGGUGGCCAGGUCGCCGCCUUGAUGACAGCGAACGAGUUUGCCGACACGAGCACCCGCCGUGACAUCCUUGCAGCUGACGCCUUGAAUCGAUUCUCCGGCGAGAGUUAUAAUCGACUGGUGGAGCUCGUACGGAACGAUCCUUCGGCAACGGACUACCACUUCGCUCCUGUCAAGUCCGUGACAAAUCUUGUAGAUCCUGCUGACGUUGCAUCGGUGAAUCAAUACGCAGAUAACUUUGCAAAAGCCUGUGCGCAGUGGUCGUACCCCGGGGACCUGAGGACUCCGGAUGACAGCAGAUCUGUGAGUUCAUCCGAUAAUGACAAGCCUGACCCUGCAGAGCUGGCCACUGCCUACGAUCAAAGUAUUACCAGUUUAUCAAUUCCCAUGGCACGACCGAGCAACCUGGGCUAG